AUGGGUAGCAUAACCCCCGUCCCCUGUCCCUCUCCCUCCUCCUCCCUCCUCCCCUACUGGCAAACCAACCUCCCCUCUUCCGCACACACCCCCCACCCCCCUCCCUCCCUGCAAUCCCUCUCCCAAAAAGACAUCCACAUCCUUCUCACCCCGGACUCCGCCUACCACGUCCUCACCUGGUCCUCCGUACAGCACAUAAUCCGCACCAACCGCCUCGAUCUCUUCCAGCGGAAACCCUCCCACCUCCGCAAAUAUCUCGAAUACUGCUACCUCAUCAAACAAACCCACGGGUCCAUGAUGCGAUUCAUCUUGGACGAGAAACUCCAGUGGAAACAAGAAGAUGUGCAGGCGCAAGACGCCCCGUUUAGGAAUCGAGGGGACUAUCAAAUUUUGAGAAAUGAUUGGCCCUAUGGGAUUGAUGAGAAAAUUGUACAUUUGGUGGUGUGGACGAAGUUUGCGUUGGAGGAUGAUCUAGAGACCGGGGAUACGAGGGAGGAUGUGAAGAGGGAGAUUCAGAGGUGGGUGGAUCGCGUGUUUGGAGAGAAGUGUGGAGGGGAGAAUGUGAUUUGGUUUAGGAAUUGGAGAAGCUUGAAAUCGAUACAUUCGGUAGAGCAUUUCCACGUCAUGCUCUAUGAUCCGGCUCCUGAAUUUGUAAAAAAAGUAACGGGAAGUACUUGAAUAUCGAGAAGCAGUGAAGGUGCAGUGAAGUUAAACAUCAAACGAAUAAAUUAAUCAUGGGCGGGCGGAGUCGAGAAUAACGGUUACGGUGUUUAUACAUAGAGUGGCUCGGGUGGGUUAUAAAAUAAUUAGAUAAUAAGCAUAAUGGUAAAUAGAGUAAUCAUAAACAACUACAAGAAGCUGGUUUGACUUCUAGUCAUAAAUACACAGAUAGUUCAAAUUGUAUUGUCUAAUUUGUGACCUACCAACAGCCCGGCAACGACCAAGUGUAUGCCUUCUCCCUUUUGUCAUAAUCAUGACUGGGUAUAAUUUCAUGAUUUUCGAUACUAUCAAAAAUUCCGCUUCCAUAAUUCCGGUAUAUUCUUUGUAACUCCUGCACCAUCCAAACGCCACCAAUGUUAUGCAAUAUGCCCCUUAAACGAGAGCUAUCCAGCACAGCUUUCCAAGUACUAGUCUCGCUUGUUUAAGCAUACUCUCGCAGAAUGCCUAGACCCUCUUCCCUCUGUAGCCUAUAUGACUCCUCUUGCUCCUUUGCCUCUUUGAUCUCAUCCUCAACAUCUUGUUUCCAGGCUCCUAAAUCAGGUGGAAGAUCUUGACUUUGUACACUUGGCGCGUGUUCUACAAAGCGCAACUGUUCAUGGAUGCUGGACACAAUGUCAUUGAUUUUUUUCUCUGAAUUGUGAUUCUUUCUCGCUCCCGUUUGACCUUUAGGAACUGAUCCCUUAGCACUCAACAACUCAGUUAGGUCUGGGUAUAAGGAUUGAUUCCGGAAAUGAUCGCGGUACGGUGUGUGCAUUGGAAGUUCCUCGUUCAGCUUUGCACCAAUUGCGAUACUAGUUUCGUUUGUCCAAGCACGUGCAACGUUUCGAGGUGUGUAACCGCCUCCUCCUACCAGCAUAAGAGGUAUGCCAUACCCUUUGACAUGCUCAACACAAGCGCCGUGACCCUGAACAAGAACAUUGAAUGUUCCUAUGCGAUCACCUGCCAACGAAUCGGCUCCGCAUUGAAGGACUAUGGCACUAGGACGGAAUUUUUCGACACAUUUAUCAAUGACUUGCUUGAACACCCUAAUAUAUUGCUCGUCGUCGAUACCGUCGUUCAAUGGGACGUUGACAGCGUGAUGAGCACCUUGAUUGUUUUCAUUCUUCGGGCCGGUAUCGUCUAAGGCGCCGGUUCCAGGAAAGAAGUUUACAGGAUCCCAUUUGUGGAAGGAAACAGUCAUGACUCUGCCUGUUGACCAAAAAGCUUCUUCUACUCCAUCACCGUGGUGGACAUCUAUAUCGAUAUAUAGAACUCUUGGAACCUUUCUUAAAAGUUGGAGUAUUGCAAGUACGAUAUCGUUCACAUAACAAAACCCAGAAGCUUCAGUCUUUUUGGCAUGAUGUAAACCUCCGGACCAAUUUAUGGCAAUAUCUGAUGUUCCAUUACAAAGGCUCCGAGCAGCAUCAAUCGAUGCGCCCGAGUACAUCGAACAAUAAUUAAAAAGUCCAUCAAAAACAGGACAAUCAAAACUACCAAGGUUGUAUGGUGUUUCUAUACGUUCGUCUGGUGGGCCGACCUUGGCACUUUUUAGAUAUUCGAGAUAUUCGUGAGUAUGGAAAUCCUCCAACUCCUCUUGAGUUGCCGCACGUGAAACAUAAGUAUCCAUAGCGACGUGCAUACCAUAUGCCAUAAUCAACCCUUUUGAAAGAGUCAAACGCCACGGUUUCAUAGGAUGUUUUGGUCCGAAAUGAUGUUUUUCGAUCAUAGGAUUCAUAUGAAACGAAACAUUAUAUCCCGUCGGCCGAACGAUUCCAUUCUUUAUAACUUCUUUUUUGACCUCCUCAAGGUAUCUUAGAUUAUCAGAGUCAUUUGGUUCUUGUAGUGGAACCCCCCAUUCCUGAACAAUAGAGCUCAUUUUGAUUAUUGCUAAAAGGCCUUAGGUAUUGAGCGCAAUUGUUGUGUGAAUCGAUGCUGCAACAAUCCUUGAUGGGGUGAUCAUGAAUUUAAAGCCUCGUGGGUGAUCCAGAAAAUGCGCUCGACGGAAAUAUGCGAGUGGGUAGAUGAUAGGAAGAUGCGCAACAUGCAAUUCGCUGGUAGCUCUCGAUGAAGGUGUGUACCGUCUGUACUUUUCGUCUGGGACUUUGGGAAGCAAACCGAUUAUUUUCAAAUCUGCUAUUCACCGAAUCAUGUUCUUUGGAAGCAAAUCGAAUUCCAAUAAUUUUUGUAGAGCUCUAGAGAUAGUAGAACUCGAGCUAUAUAUCAUAGCUAAGUAUGCUCCUUCCUCUCCCCUCCCCUCUGGUAAGAAUUGUAAUGUUAUUCGUCACUUUGCGAAUGGUAUAGGUAGGCGAAUGAAAUAUUUCGAAUGGGAUGAUUCGAUCUCGACAAUUUUCUCUGAUAGGUAUUGAUAGUUGUCGUCUCCUUUCAUGGAUGGCGUAGGUAGGUAGUGAAAUAAAUAUAAGAGCUGAAUCGAUCUUUUGAUUAAAAAAGGGCAGGUGUAAAUAAGUAGAAUACAACGGAAUUGAUUGAGUUCAAGGUCUCGAUCACCCAAUCAUUGAAUAUCAAUAAAUUAUUAUUGAGGCUCUGCGGAAAGAUGAUUGAUUGAAUGCGAUUGAACUCAUGCUUACUAAUUAGUUUCAAUCUCCAAAAACAAGGCAAGCACCUGCUUCUAUCAUGACAACUUAUUAUUAUGUGGAUAUUGAAGGCGAUAUGAA